CCUACAUUGGGUCAGUGUUUCCUCCCUCCGGCUGCUUUUCCCCUUCUGUUUUUCAGAGAAAAUCCGUCUGCUGAGAUAAGGAAGAAGAGCUGAACAGCAGCAGCUCAGGGGGGCCCUGGGGACCAAGGAAGUAUUACACCAGCCAUCCUGUCUCAGCACCUGAUCACAGAGUUAUAAAUCCCACAGCUUGAGCUGGAACCUUCACAUGGCCACAAUACUGAAGCAGAGAGAACUAAGGGCAGAGAGGGAGGAACACAGAGCAGCAGAAUGAGAGAGUGACGGGGGGGGGAGCAGAAGGAGGGGCUCCGAGAGAAAACAGAAAGGGAAGGGGGGGAUACAGAGGUUUGGAAGGAAAAUGGAAUAAAACUGGAUUGAUGAUAAGAAGAGACAACGAGGCAUAAGAGGAGGUGCAAGAGAUAAGAAUGCAGAGGCUGAAGCUUUUGGGAGCUGUCCAGUGCUGAAAGGCAGGAAUCUGCAGAGAGGACCUGAGAUCCAGGCCAGUGCUGAAAGCUUCAGUGAUUACCUGGCUCCCUGGACAGUUCUUAAAGCUUCAGUGAAGACCUAAUUCGCUGGUCAGUCCUUAAAGCUUCAGUGAAGACUUUAGAUCCUGGCCAGUCCUGAAAGCUGCAGUGAGGACCUAAGUCGCUGGUCAGUCCUUAAAGCUUCAGUGAGGACUCGAGACCUUGGCCAGUGCUGAAAAGCAGAAAUUUGCAGUGAGGACCCAAGUCCGUGGCCAGUGCUGGAUGCUGCAUUGACAAUCAGAAUCCCUGAGCAGUGCUGAAAGCUGCAGAAAGGAACCAAGGCCCUGCCAGUGCUGAAAGGCUGGAAGCUGCAGGGAAGAUCUGCUUAUUGCCCAGUGCUGCAUUAUCCAGACCCAUGGUACCCAGCAGAGGCAACCCUGAUUCUGAGGGUUGGGGCCACACACCUGUCCCUCCACAGGCUCAUUCUCUCUGACCCUGACAGCAGGACAUUUUGUCCCUGUUUUUUAGCUAGAGCGGAGGGGAGGCUCACAUUUAUGCCCCACCUGCACCUCUCUCCUCCGCUCUUGUUUUUGUUGUGGUUACUCCCAUAAUCAUUUCCCUCUCUCAUCUCCCCCUCAUUCCUGACCCCUUACCCUGCUCCCACCUCUUGCCUCUGGAGGGGAAGAGAAACAAUGCCAAGGUCCUUUCUGGUCAAAAAGGUGAAGGAUGGCUUCUGCUCAGCUGACAGUGAGAGUGUAUAUGGCAGACACCGGACGGACUUCAGCACACACCUCUCUGACAAAGGAUACAUCAGUGAGUACAUCGCACCUUCUGUUUAUGAUGGAGACAGUGAUGGAGUCAUCAAAGUCCCUUCCCCUGACACCCUCUACAGUACGGUACACAGUGAAUAUGGAGCAGCGGACUCGGAGCCCCCCGACAGUCCACGUUCUGAAAUCACGGAUGGCUACAUCAAUGGAGACACAGCAGUGAGUGAGGGCUACUCGGUGGAUGCCUUCUUUAUCACAGAUGGGAGAUCUCGGCGUAAGGUGCUGAGUGGGGGGCGCUCCAUUCAGAGGCACAGCUGUAGCGAGUGCGGCAAGAGCUACGCCACGUCUUCCAACCUGAGUCGGCACAAGCAGACUCACCGCAGCCUGGACAGCAAACUGGCCAAGAAGUGCCCCACGUGUGGCAAGGUAUAUGUGUCCAUGCCGGCCAUGGCCAUGCACCUUCUCACCCACGACCUCAAGCACAAGUGUGAGACCUGCGGAAAGGCCUUCAGCCGGCCGUGGCUCCUUCAGGGUCACAUGAGGUCCCACACAGGGGAGAAGCCAUUUGCUUGUGCCCACUGUGGGAAAGCCUUUGCUGACCGCUCCAACCUCCGUGCCCACAUGCAGACCCACUCGGCCUUUAAACACUACAAGUGCAAACGAUGCAGCAAGACCUUCGCACUCAAGUCCUACCUAAAUAAGCACUACGAGUCGGCCUGCUUCAAGGGAGCUGAGCCUCCAAUGAGCCCCCUGGAGGACUGAGCUGCACUUCACCCAACAACCCAACGGCCAACAACCCAACGUCCAAUAGCCAAACACCCAACAACCCAACACCCAAUAACCCAACGCCCAACGACAGCUCUUUAGAAAGUUCUGGAAUCACAGCACCCCAGAGGGAAAGAAACUCACCUCUUAAGUUCUUCAUGAUCACCAACCUGCUAAAUCUGGUGCUGUUAUUUUCAUCCCCUGUGGGCCUGGAACCUUUAAUGAGAGGCUGAAGUUGGAAGCUGGUGGGUGAUGUUGGGAUUCUCUCUUCUCGUUAAUUUAGGUUUUGAAUUGGAAGUCGGGUACUUGUUCAUGUUCUUCCUCAUUGAUACUAAAUGACUUGGUUUGGGGGAGACAGGAUGGGGUUCUGCUCACAUUCUCACCCCUGACGCUUUUGGCGUUAAUGUUUAUGUUAAGACAAAUAGCCGAAUAUUUUAAACCAAUAUGUUUGUAUUAACGUCAAAACUGUCAUGCAGAGAAUAUUGCCUCUAUUUAUAUAGGAGCACAUGGCUGGGGUGCAAGGGCAGCCUGUUUUCUAGGGGUACUUAGGGAUUUCUCCAGCUUUUUAGUUGCUGUGGAAUACAGAAAGGCCUGCAGUUGGUCACUUUUAAUGUAGAGUUCCAAUACUAGUGGUGGGAGUUUGAAGGGCCCAGGUCUCUGUGUCUCCCCCAGUACAUGGAGGAACUGGGAGAUUGUGAAGGUAGGUAGGUAGGUAGGUAGUAGGAUCAGCACAAUGUUAGAGACAGAUGCAUGGGGAAUCAGGGGGAUACAGUUCAAUAAAGGGGCUGAUACAUGUCUGUUCAUCAACGCUAUACAUAAAGUGAGAACAUUUAUUUUCCGUCCCACAGUCAUUUUAAAUGUGAUAUCUAAUUAAUAUUUAAUGUCUACAUCUGAAACGAAAGCCAUUUACUAUUUUCUGAUCCCAAAGAGCCAAAGCAAUCUGAAAAUCCUCUGUAUAAACAAACCCCACCCGUCCCCCAGCUACAGCCAAUUAUCUUUCUAGAUUAGGGGUGUCCAAAAGGUAGAAAGGGAUGUACCAGUAGACCUUUAGCUGGUGAUCAGUAGUGAUCACUAUCCUCACUGCCUGAGUAUUAAAUAUAGGCUGGGGCUCAGUUUGAGGUUAGAUCACUAUCCUCACUGCCCGAGUAUUAAAUAUAGGCUGGGGUUCAGUUUAAGGUUAGAGCACUAUAGUCACUGCCUGAGUAUUAAAUAUAGGCUGGGGCUCAGUUUGAGGUUAGAUCACUAUAGUCACUGCCCGAGUAUUAAAUAUAGGCUGGGGCUCAGUUUAAGAUUAGAUCACUAUAGUCACUGCCCGAGUAUUAAAUAUAGGCUGGGGCUCAGUUUAGGCUUAGAGCACUAUAGUCACUGCCCGAGUAUUAAAUAUAGGCUGGGGCUCAGUUUGAGGUUAGAUCACUAUAGUCACUGCCCGAGUAUUAAAUAUAGGCUUGGGCUCAGUUUGAGGUUAGAUCACUAUAGUGACUGCCCGAGUAUUAAAUAUAGGCUGGGGUUCAGUUUGAGGUUAGAUCACUAUAGUCACUGCCCGAGUAUAAAUCAUGGAUAUGGCAACCUCAGAGCCACCAAGAGGAGGAGACUUUUCAUCUUAUGCCCCCACCGUAUCCAUCUGAUAGUUUUACUCAAAUCCGGCCAAAAAGGUUAUGUUGAACUGUAGCUCACUGAUAAGUGUUUCAGCUCAUCCCACUGGAUAUCAUGUGCUGAUAGCGGUCAUCCAAUAAAGUUAAAGUAAAACUGUGUGUGAACCACAUCCUCAAUAUAAAUGAAUUGCAGUGUAAAUACUCGUCCUACAUACUCAAAUGAGUUAAAUAAUGGUAUUGGCUCAGUACAGGGAAAAGGUUGGGCAGCUUUGUCCUAUAGUCAAUAGACAGAAUUAGUGAAAGAAUAUUUAUUUCAUUACCAACUGUCACCAGUACAAACAACUGCUAUUUGGUCCUAUAGGGCUGCAACACAACAGCGCCACCUCCUGGUCUAUACACAGAGAAUUCUCAGUGACAAUAAUAAUAAUAAUAAUAAUAAUAAUGAUAUUAAUAAUAAUGAUCCAGCUCUUUUAUUAUCUGUUCCUAAAUCAUCAUUUCCAUCCUGACUGCUGAGACAUUGGGGGCUCAGUGUGUGAGAGACAAGUGGGCGCAUGGAAUGUCGCAUGUGAUCCUGCAUGAGAUUUGCUUUGGCCUUUAUGUAUCUUCUAUUCAUCCCAUUCAUCCCAUGUGCCCCCCCUGUCCCCAAUAAUAAGAGGGUUUAGUGAUGAACCCCCAGAGGCUUAGAAAGCAGCAGAAGGAUUUGGAGAGGAAGGAGCAGAGUAACUGAGCAUUAUGGGAAAUUGCAGAACAUGGAACCACUGGCCUUGAUGAACAGACCUGACAAGGGGUCCCCUAUGAAUUAAGGGGGGGAGGGGCAGAUAAAUAAGCUGUAACAUGGGGGAGCCAUAAGAUCAAUGAUCCACUUCCGUGUAUAUUAAAUGAAACUAAAGGGCACUUGCCCCCUUGCUGCCAACUCUACAUCUCACCAACUGCCUAUUUUUCCCUCUAUUGAACUCAAAGGUUUCCCUUCCAGGGCACCUAAGACCCCCCCCCCCCGCCAUGGCAGCAAAGGGGUUAAUUCCUGACCCUGUUUCAUGAAAUGUCUCUUAAUCUUCCACAUCAGGGGGGCUCAAUUCUAUUGCCUGGGGCAAAUGUCUGACUUGAAUAUUUAUGUAGAAAAGUCAGUAUUUGGGCAGUGCCCCACGUGCAAUAGAGUUGACGCCCCUGUUUCAUAUGAAUGAGACUCGUUGCAUGUUGCGUCUCGCUGAUUUUCAAUUGCACUUAAUAUUGCGCAGGAUGCGCCCGAGAUGCACCAGCAAAUCCAAUCAGCGCAUCUCUUGGCUCCUCGCCCUGCGUCGCUUCACCCCUAUCGCCCUUUCCAUAAGGAUCUGGGAUGCGAUUUAUUGACGGCUUUUAGCAAUAAGGUUCAACCUCGAUAUUGUCACUGCGCAGCCCGGGCAGAGCGACCGCUACGAAACGCAGGGCCCCCAUUCCAUGACUAUGCCAAAGCAUCAGCCACUUUUUAUUUGGAGAGAAACACAAGAUUUAAGUGAAAAGGGAAUACGGUGAUGAGAAAUAAUAAAGGGGUAACCAAUAAUAAGCUUAGGGAUGGCGCAUGGGCUGGGGGCUUGGCCCACUCUGCGCCGUUACUUUGGGGGGGUUUUGCAUGCCAUAUUCUGGAAUCUAUGCCAAUUUUGUAGGGGUUUGGGGUUUUUGCCAAAUGUUAGUGCUUAGUUGCAAUAUAUUCCCGAGUGGAAGAAGAAGCAAUAAUAAUAAUACUAAUACUCAUAUAAUAAUAAUGAUAAUAAUAAUAAUGAUAAUAAUACUAAUGCAUGCAGUUUGUAGGGUAUGCGGUGAUUCUGAGUGAUCAGGUACUGCCUCAAUUAUUCUAAUAUCAGGGAUUAUUUGCUUUGGGGAAUAGGGGGGCAGCAGUGCAUGUGCCGGUGGGGUCUGCAUUACUAGCGCCCCCUUUGCUUCCAGACCCCCAGACCCACCCACCUCUCGUACUUGUGCCAAGGGCAUUGCCCAAAUGAAAAGAUUAACCCCCCCUGCACAGAGACUUGGGGAAUGUUUUGCACAUGUGUCUAUCCCAGGUAUCAGAGUUGUACCCCAAUAUAUUGGGACCCCGUUCAAAACUCAGUAUUGUAUUUCUAAUCUCCCAAACAGAACAUUCACUUCAGCCCAAAACCAUUGUGUUUGCCCCCCCCCCCGUCUCCAGCAGGGAGGGUAACAGCAUAUUAGGGUCAAGGCCUGGGAUAUUAAAGGGGUUUUUCACCAUCAAACACUUUUUUUCAGUUCAGUUGUUUUCAUAUAGUUCAACAGAAACAGAGACUUUCUGCAAUUACUUUCAAUUUU